CAUGUGACCCGCCCAGGAAAGGAGGAGGGAGGAGGAGGAAAGAAGAUGGAAGGGAAUCGAGACGAGGCUGAGAAAUGUGUCAACAUCGCGUCAAAAGCCAUCGAGGCGGGGGACAAGGAGAAGGCGCUCAAGUUCCUCCACAAAGCGGAGAAGCUCUUCCCGACAGCGCGAGCCAAAGCCUUGCUUGACGCGAUAACAAAAAACGGGAGCUCUGCGGCUAAUGGCGCACAUCGCAGACGACCGGCGCACAAUUCGGAAGACGGCGGCACGCAAGCGACGAGGGCACGUGCCGAGUCCACGGGAGCCGAAUCGUCCAAGGUGUUUACGCAAGAGCAGGUGGAAGGCGUCCAAAGAAUAAAGCGCUGUAAAGACUACUACGAAGUGCUCGGUGUCACCAAAGAAGCCAAUGAAGAUGAGCUGAAGAAGGCCUACAGGAAACUGGCCCUCAAGUUCCACCCGGACAAGAAUCACGCUCCCGGAGCAACGGACGCCUUUAAAAAAAUUGGUAAUGCGUACGCGGUGCUGAGCAAUCCGGCCAAACGGCGGCAGUAUGACUUGACGGGAAGCGAAGAACCAAGCGGAGCAGGCCACGCCCAUGGCGGCGCCAACGGCUUUGACUUCCACAGAGGGUUCGAAGCCGACAUCACCCCUGAAGACCUUUUCAAUAUGUUCUUCGGAGGAGGCUUCCCUUCUUCAAGCGCACAGACGUUCACCAACGGCAGGACGAACUACAGCCAUCACGGCGACUACCGACAAGAGCGGACAGACGAAAGAGGAGAUGGUGGUUUCUCCAUGUUCAUUCAGCUCAUGCCCAUCGUGGUCCUGAUCUUGGUGUCAAUACUGAGCCAGAUGAUGGUUUCCCCUCCUCCUUACAGUCUCUACUCUCGACCGUCCACGAGUCAGACGGUGAAGCGGCAGACGGAAAACCUGCACGUGAACUAUUACGUCACCAGAGACUUCAAGUCUGAGUACAAAACGGCGGCGGCGCUGCAGCAGAUUGAGAAAAGUGUGGAGGAAGACUACGUGGCCAAUGUCAAGAAUAGCUGCUGGAAGGAGAGACAGACAAAAACAGAGCUGCUGUACGCCGCCAAGGUGUAUCGGGACGAGCGCAUGCGCAAGAAGGCGGAGCUUAUGACCAUGGAAAACUGCAAAGAGCUGGAAAGACUAAAUAACCUCUUCCGAGGCGGAUGACUCGCUUACACACUCUUAGAUGCUCUAAUGUAUAACAGUAGAUGUGUGUAUGUACAGUUUUUUUUUUCUGUUGGUUUUAAGAAGAGAAUUUACAUUAGAAGCAACACAAGAAAAAUCCAACUGAGAAAAGACGAGUACUUCAAGUUCACCUCACUGUUCCAUCUCAAACAAACUUUCGACAUUCCGGAGAAGCAUUCUUUUGCAGGAGGGAUUUUCAAAAUAAAGUAGUAAGCUCAUCCACUUCCUUGUUGGUAAUGCCACCAAUCAGCUUCCAGCAUGAAAUUAAUAUUCUUGAUGGGGAAACAUCACCAGAAGAAGUCUGGAGUUACUUUGGGACAUGCCUUCAUACAAGAUGUUCAUUUUUUGAAGUGUUGGACAUUCAUGCAGUUAUUUAAGUAUCUAUAGGAGAGAGAGAUUUUCUUCCACGCUCGCUUGUCAAUGAAAUAAAGUAAUAUUAUUAAUAAC